UCGAGAAGUGGUGAACAAGGUUAGGAGAAAACUCGAGCUCGUUCACUCUAGAUCAUGGAAUUGUCAAGCGCUUUGUUAAUACCAGGAGCACUAACUGUGUUAGUUAUAAUCCUUACCUGGCUAUACGUCCAAAAUGCUAACAGAUUAGCUGAUGAAUGGUCUGUCGACUCGAACACGAAAACAUCAGGUGAAAAAUUGUACAGAAAUCCUGUGAUGAAAGAGGACGAAAAACCAAAUCAGCAAGAAGAUGUGGUCAGCAAUGACAGUGAGUUAAGGGCUCAAAUGGCACCAUACCUAAUAGAUCCUAGUGAUAUUCAAAAUAUCUCUGGGCAGAUUCCACUGGAUAGCAAUGUUAUUGAACGUGAAAUGAAAGAAAAGGGAAUGGAAAACAUCCAGACAUAUUACAAAACAUCACGCUUACACAUUAAAGAGAUGGAAGGAAUGCUUUCAAGGCAAGAAAGAGAGCAAGAACGAAUAGCACAAAGGAAACAGCUUGAAGAGAUAUACAAACUAAUGGCACAAGAGAAGGAAAAGUUUGGUGUUGAUUCCAUGGACCAGAUAGAGGAUCAGAUGAGACUUUAUGAUAUAAAAUAAUUCAACUUGCUUUUACUGUUUCCUAUCAGUAUUUUAGAUGGGUAGAUCUAUUAGAUUACAUUUUAGCAUUUUUACAUCAGGRAUAGUUUGAUUGUUGGCACAUUGUAUUAGUCUCUUCAUAUUUUAAUUCCAUGUUUUUCAGCGAUACAGGCCACUGUCAUUACAAAAUCUAAUUUCAAAACAGAGAAAAUUUUUGAAUUAUGCUUUUAUUGAGAUUUUGUUGCUACGUAUGUGGUAGUCAUCACAAAUUCAAGGCUUAGUGAAGAAAAUCACAAGAGUUUUUAUGCUAUUAUAGUUGAUAUUAUAGUUAUAUGAAUGAAAAACUUACAGAUAUUCCAGAUAUGAACAAUGAUCAGAGUUCAACAUCAAGAUUUGUUUUUGCUUAUGGAUUCAAUGGUGUUAACAGAUAGAAACACUGUCUAGAGCAAGUUUUAUUAGACCAAUCACUUCUUACAGUCAUAUAAGUAAAGUUUUUGAUAUUUGAAAUAUCAAGUUAUACAAACUGCGCUUGUUCUGUCAAGUUAUAGUAGCUGUCAUUAAGUUCUGAUACAUUACUGUACCUAUUCUUUUGUCAGGAACUAGAUGAGAUGUAAUUGGUAAUUUACUAAUUAAGUAACUUUAAAAUAAAAAUUAGCUAUUAAUUUAUUUAUUACAUUGCACAGAAUUCCGGCUGUGCAGUUAUUUGUUUYAUGCCAACUAAAGUUUAUCCUAAAGUAUUAAAGUAUUUAUAACAGAACAUAUGAAACAAUUUGUAUAUUAUUGCUAUCAUUAUUAAAAAAAUAUUAUGAGGUUUUGUGCCCUAAAACUGUGUAACUUAAUUGUAWGACUAUGAUUUAUUUAUUGAUGAAUUUUAAAAACUCAAAGCAAAGUUUAAGCAGGAAGAYAGUAAGUCGAAAUGUAGACAUUCUUUUAGUUCACAUUAUAGAUUUCAAGAGGGAUCUAUGUUUACAAUCUAACUUACUUUUUUCUAUUA